AUGCUAAUGCCUGCACUGGUCAGCAGUGGUCAGCGGCAGAAGAGUGGGUAUCCCAGACCGGAGACUCCUGAGGCUGGUGUGGUAGCAUGUGAUCCAAAGUUCUCCUCUCCAGAGUUGUUCAGAGAUGAGCCGUACACUGCAGGCCCAACCACUGUGUGGCAACUGGGGCUCCUACUCUACUUCAUGCUGCACAAUCAAAGGCCUCUGAUUCGUGAGCGGUUCCCAGUUCCCAUCCCCAGGACACUACCUGAGAAUCUGAAAGACCUUCUGAAGAGGUGUCUGACAAAGGACCCAAAAGAGCGCAUCUCACUGGAGGACAUAAGAAGUCAUCCAUGGCUCCAAGAAGUGUAA